CGGGUUUUGGAGUCUGGAAGAAACUACUCAUUGUGAGCUGGGUUCCUUGCAAUUCACUCCUUUUCUUUGUACUUUACAGGGGCCACACAAGAUGCUCACAUUGUCUUGCCUGCAACCAUCAAAAACCAGAGCAGCUAUACCUCAUGAGCUUCAUCCAAUUUCGUACUGCUUCCGGCGACCUUCGCUUUCACUUUCAGUCUAUAGUACGAGGAAUCAAUCUAAUUGGCGUCGGAGCCUCUGCAUCAGAGCGAUAGAUGCUGCUCAACCCUAUGAUUAUGAGACCCAGAUAUAUGAACGCUUUGAGCAGAGCAUCAAACUCAGGAUUGCCAUUGUCGGUUUUGGCAAUUUUGGCCAGUUCCUGGCCAAAACUCUAGUUCAGCAAGGCCACACUGUCUUGGUGCAUUCCCGAUCCAACUACUCUGAUAUUGCCACCAAGUUAGGGGUCUCCUUCUACUCUGACCCUAACGACCUCUGUGAAGAGCACCCCGAAGUCAUUCUCCUUUGCACUUCCAUACUCUCCACGGAAUCUGUCCUCAAGUCACUGCCCUUGCAGCGGUUGAAACGAAGUACCCUCUUUGUCGAUGUGCUUUCUGUGAAGGAGAUGCCUAGGAACUUGUUCCUCCAGAUCUUACCGCCUGAAUUUGAUAUACUUUGUACCCAUCCAAUGUUUGGGCCUGAAAGUGGUAAAAAUGGCUGGGGAGGUCUACCUUUUGUGUAUGACAAAGUGCGGAUUGGGAAUGAGGAAUCAAGGGUCCAUCGGUGCAAUAAUUUCCUCAACAUUUUUGCACAAGAGGGCUGUCGCUUGGUGGAGAUGUCUUGUGCAGAGCAUGAUAGGCAUGCAGCAGGUACCCAGUUCAUCACCCAUUUUAUAGGAAGGACUUUGGGGAAGAUUGACUUGGAUUUUACACCCAUUAACACUAAAGGUUAUGAGACACUCUUGAAUUUGAGGGACAAUACUUGUGGGGAUAGCUUUGAACUUUUCUAUGGUUUGUUUAUAUACAACAAGAAUGCUCUUGAGCAGCUGGAGAGGUUGGACAUGGCUUUUGAAUCAGUAAAGAAGCAGCUUUUUGGCCGUUUGCAUGAUAUACUUAGGAAGCAGAUGUUUGAAAAUGAUGAAGACUUGGAAGCACCACAAAGUAACAAUGGUGCUGUAGACGAAUCACCACAGAGCCAAUGAGGUGAAAUCUACAAGUACGGAGUUCUUUACCUCUGGUUUUGUCAUUCCUUGUACAGUUGCUUAUUUGCGUGUAUGGGGUAGGCUAUUCUUUUAUAUAUGUUUCUUUGAUGUCUCACAUGUGAACCAAUAGUAAUUUUUGUAGUUGCCUGUGGAGGACAUUCUUGUGGAAGAACCAACCUAUUACAAUUUUAAAUUUGUCAUUGAUGCAAAUAUA